AUGGCAGCCCCGUUUCUGGAAGAGCCGCUUUACUCCUUCUGGAAGAACCAGGGUGCCGGAGAGGACACCGCAGAGACCCCCGGCAUGCGUGUUGAUGUGGAGAAGUACCGCAUGAAGUACCGUUCCUACCGGCUUGGCUACACUCCAGCCAAAGGGCCGGUAGAGGACAUCCUAAAGGAAGCCGAGAAGGACAGCACCCGCUCUAAGCACAAGAUUGCCGGCACAGAGGAUGAGGAUAAGUCUCCCAUUGACGAGCCACUCUUCCACCAUCUCAGCGAUGCCAAGCGAGCUGAUAUCGGCAAAUACCGCGAUGACUACCGCAAGUAUCGUUUGGGCUAUGCAUCUGGCGCCAAAGGUGAGGUUGCAAAUCUCUUCAAGAGGACUAUCUCUCAGUCACACGGUGGCUACCAGGAAGUGGAGAGAAUCUGCAAGGAACUCAGUGAGGAUGAUGACUCAGACCUGAUUCGCACUGUGAGCGAGCCGGCAGUGCCGACUUGGCUACCAAACAGGCUCAAAGGCCUCACAACCCAGUUGUCGGGCAUCUUUGCUGAUGCUGCCGACGAGUCGGCGUCAGGGUCGCAGCCUAUCUUCUUCACUCAGCCGCAGUCAGUGCUACCAGACCCAUCCGCCUCCUACAUCAAGGUGCCGCAAAUGCCUGAUGGCUCACUGCAGCUGGAUGCCGGCUUCCUCCUGAGCAAUACGCCAUUGCCCAAAGCUGCCACGGAGUUCUCCUCUAUCCAUGUAAUCCAAACAGCUGGGGUCUCGGCCAAAAUCGGGGCUGCUCAGGUCAAGAACUCAGCAGCGAAACUGGGGAAGCAGUGUGUGGUGCAUGAUUGGCCGACCAUUCCUGACAAUGAUGCCAAAGCAGAGUAUGAUGCGCUCUACAACGUGGCCAGUGAUUUGAUCCUUCAGGGUGCAAAUCGUGCAACACUGCUUGUCUUUGUUGGUGCAGGGGAGCCGGGCGAGAUGGCACUGGCGGUGAUCCUGGCCAUGUUGCCUUUCCGCGGCAUCCAACUGGCGUAUGUGACACCUGCAACGGAGUAUGAGAACCCAUUGCGCACUCUCAGAUCUCCGUCUGGGGUCUUCGAGUACACUGCAACUCAGCCAGAACGGAUGGGGAGGGCAUCUCUUGCAGCAAUCUUUGGACCGCUGGAGCCAUGCACCUUCAAAGAGCCUUUGACAACUUGGUCACCCCUCCGCCCAGAGGUGCAUCCAGAGGAGCAGCCUGCUCCAUUCAAAAUUGGCGGCCUGGACCUUCCCAUGGUCACCUUUGAGGGAGCCUAUUCCGACGGAGUUGAGCGCCUCGCUAACCUUCUUGUGAGCCACUAUGGCCAGGACGUUUACCCUGUGGUCUCUGUGGGUGAGACAGGGGAUGCUCUAGGCUAUGGUGAUGACUUACUUGGUGCGAUCGCCGCGCACGACUGCCCCGGCUUUUACUUUCCCCACGCCUCAGGCGAAACAUGCAAAAGCCCAGAGGCCUACGGUCAGUUGGAGCUCUUGAAGGCCAUCGGAGCUGCAAAGCAGAGCGGCAAGAAGGUUGUGGUGAUCGCGGUAGGCGGUGGUGUGAAUGGCAACGCGACUGGAAUGAUUGCUGCUAUGACGGGAUCGGUGUUUGUGGAGGUCCCGACAACAUUGAUGCAUUACAACGACGCCACCACUUCGGCUAAGAAGGCGUUCAGCUUGGUUGUGAACGGGCAGAUCCUUUCCAAGAACAUCCUUGGUACCUUUUAUUUGCCUCAGCUGGUUUUCUGCAUCAGUGAGACCUUCCUUACCCUGUCCAAGAGCAGUGUACACGCAGCGGUGGGCGAGGCCUGCAAGACCAUGGGCAUGCUUGGCAUUGCGAACUCCAAGACUGGUCAGGAAGAUUGGCACAACAUUCUGGGCGGCGUGGAGUUUGCCAGCGACUUCACAAAGAUCAUCGAGACCGUCGGAGGCUUUGAGAAGCUCAUUCGUUUCUUGCAGGGAACCAGAGAGCUGAAGGCAAAAGCAUUAGCCCUAGGCGAGGAGCUCAGUGCUAUGCGCAUGGAGCGGGCAUCCUUUGGACAGAUGGCGACUUGUGCAAAACACAGGGAGAAGCGCCUUGCAGAACUCCGCCGCUUCUUCCAUGACCAGCUCACGUCAGAGGAUCGUGCUGAGGUGAUUAAGUUUCUGACUGUCAUCAACACGGAGAUCAUCGCAGCAAAGGCCAUGUUCCUGGCAUACUCCGAUCCAUUCGAGAAGUACCGAGCGCUCCUCUUCGAGUACGCCCACACCCUGGGCCAUGGCGUGGAGGCAUUUAUGAACGGCCUCUACCGGCGAGCUACAGCCUGCGGCUUGGAUUACUCCGAGGCAUUCCGCCUUCACGGCCAGUGUGUGGGCAUGGCUGUGCUUUGGGCAGGUGAGAUGUCGAAGCAGCAGGGGCUUCUGGAUGGCGACGGCUUUCUGGCGCACCAAGGCCUGCUCUACACCUUCAACCGCUUUGGAGGCUACGAUUUCGCGCCUUUGCGCCGCCUUUGCGACCAACUCUCUGUGUCCAAGGAGGAGUUCUGUGAAGGAGUCCUUCAGGUCGUGAGACGCGACAACAAACGAGGUUAUUGCAAGUGUGCAGCAGACAGCAGCGUGGACCAGCUUGUGCGGGAACGACCUGGCUGCCUCCUUCGUAGCUCGGAUCCUGAUGCUGAGCUUCGGUACCUGGUGGAAGUCACCGAAGAUUCGCAGCGGCGAGUGCUUGAGAGGGCCUACGACUGUGAGUUUGACAAGGUGGCAGUGCUCAAGGAUGGCAAUCUCCAGUUGGUCUCCAGAAUGGAGGCCUCGGGCCAAGAGGGUGAUCAGGUGAAGACAGCAUCCGCCUUGCGAGGCCUCAUCGGGAGCCUGUACAAGGAGGGCUCCGGGGAGACUGAGGCUUAG